AUGGAGUUGAGCAAUAACAACAGUACUAUUUACAAGAAAACCCCAGAAGCUGAAACAGCUCGAAUUAUCCAACACAAUAAACCUUUCUCCAUAACUAAUGGUAUACUCAAACGCCAGAAUCAUCAUCCUCUGCCUCUGCCUCUGCCUCUGCCUGUCGUUGUAGUUUACAAAGAAUGUCUAAAAAAUCAUGCUGCCACUAUGGGCGCCCACGCCGUAGAUGGCUGCGGAGAAUUUAUGCCAUCCCCUACCGCCACUGCUACUAACCCCACCUCCCUAAAAUGCGCCGCAUGUGGCUGUCACCGGAAUUUUCACCGCCGUGAGCCAGAGGAGCUAUUUCCACCUCCCAACACCGCCGCAGCUCUGGAGUACCAAUCUCAUCACCGACACCACCCUCCGCCUCCGCUGCCGAAUCGUGGAAGUGGGGACCACAGCUGCCCUAAUUCCCCAUCUCCACCACCGAUCUCAUCCGCUUACUACCCAUCUGCACCUCACAUGCUUCUUGCACUGAGUUCCGGUUUGUCGGGUCGACCCGUUGAAAACAACAACAACCACCUGCCAAUAAAUACCAAUUCGAGUACUCCUGUGUCAAACCCAAAUGGGAGAAAGCGAUUCAGAACGAAAUUCACACAAAAUCAGAAGGAAAAAAUGCUUGAAUUUUCUGAAAGAGUUGGAUGGAGAAUGCAGAAGCAAGACGAAGAGAUUAUCAACAAACUCUGCCAUGAAAUUAGUGUAGAGAAAGGGGUUUUAAAAGUAUGGAUGCACAAUAACAAGAACAGUUUUGGAAGAAAAGAUCAAUCUGUCUCCAACAACGACAUAAAUGGUAUCAAUUUUGGUAUUAGUAGUACAAAUGACAAUAACAAAGAAGAGACUCACAGCCAUGGCGUAAAUCACAACAAUAUUGUUAGUGUUGUUGCUACUGAUGGGUCUUCUUCUUGAACUUGAACUUCGAAAAAAAAUGUUAGAGGUUGGUAAGUAGUAUUAUCUUUUUCUAAAUGCAGCAGUAUUAAUUAAUUUGUCAAAUCUCUGAUUGAGGUUGAAUCAAUUUGUCGCCUCUUUCUUUCGUUUGAUGAGAAUAACUAUAUGGACUGAUUGUUCUUAAUUAAUUAGGCAAUUACUUUU